AUGGGCUGGUCGACAGCUGCGCUCGUCGCCUGUGGGCUCACCCUCACUCUCGGCGCCGUGUGUGCAUCUGCUGACAACGCACCCAUCGUGCUGAACUACAUCAUGUGCAUCAGACCCCUGGUGGAUGGCAAGUGGGCUAACUACGUCACCUGCACGGCCAGUGUGACCCUGGCGGCGCUCACCCCCCAUGGCGUCAACGUGGCCUACACCCUAGGGGGCCUGAGCGCCGACGUGGCCUACUCCCCCUCCCAGCUCACCUCCUACACCACCUGGACGUGCUCUUGGGCCUCCAAGGACGCCGUGGAGUGCACCGCCACGGCGGCCACCGUCCAGCUCCCGGCCGCCGUGUACCUGCAGUGGACCCUGGGCGGCGUCCGCUUCGCCACCAGCUACGCGCCCACCGCCCUGCAGACCACCGUGCGGGAGGGCUUCGGGGCGGCUUCCGCCGCCGGCACCUGCUUCGCCUACAUCUACGACGCCGACGGGGUGUACCACGAAACCCCCUCCUAG